ACCGUCCCAGAUGGCUUCAUUCUCUUGGGCUUCUCAGAUAACCCUAGGCUAGAAAUGACCCUAUUUAUGGCGGUUUCUGUCUUUUACACAGUCACACUAGUGGGCAACACCACCAUCAUACUCCUGUCUCACCUGGACCCCCACCUCCACACCCCCAUGUACUUCUUCCUCACCCACCUCUCCAUUCUGGACCUCUGCUUUACCACCAGCUGCAUCCCUCAGAUGCUCGUGAAUUUCUGGAGUUCGGACAAGACCAUCAGCUAUUUGGGGUGUGCAGUCCAGCUCUACAUCUUCCUGGGACUCGGAGCUUCAGAAUGUGUUCUGCUGCUGGUCAUGGCCUUCGACCGCUAUGUGGCAGUGUGCCGGCCCCUGCACUAUGGAGUAAUCAUGCACCCACCCCUGUGUCACAAGUUGGCUUUCCUGGUCUGGGCAAGUGGGGUUUUUGGGACAUUGGUGCAGUCUCCCACUACCAUGAAACUCUCCUUUUGCCAUCACCACCAGGUUGACGACUUUGUCUGUGAGGUCCCUGCACUGAUCCGCCUGGCUUGUGGAGACACACAUGUCAAUGAGCUUCAGAUCUCAGUGAUUGGUGCCAUCUUCCUGAUGGGGCCCCUCCUGCUCAUCCUUGUCUCCUAUGGCCGUAUCACCCAGGCAGUGCUGGCCAUCCAGUCCCAGAAUGGAAGGAGUAAGACCUUCCAUACCUGCUCCUCCCACCUGGCUGUUGUUUUUCUCUUCUACUGCAGUGUCACCGCUGUCUAUAUCCAACCCCGGAGUCAUUUUUCCCAGAAGGGAGGGAAAUUUUUAACUCUCUUCUACACUGUGGUGACCCCCACUCUCAACCCCCUCAUCUAUACUUUAAGGAACAAGGACAUGAAGCGAGCUUUCAGGAGCCUCCUAGGGAAAUACAGAAUGUCCAGUGAAGAGUGA